AAUCCCCGGAGCUGCGAUCGACGACGUUGUCUCUCUCUCUCUCUCUAGAGUCUAGUAAGAUAAAGUCGUGUCGCCGAUAGGUAAAACCCACCCCCAAUCACUCGCUCUAUCUGGCUAGCUUCCGUAAAUCUCCUAAUCUUCACCCCAAUCACGUACUUCCCUUAACCCAUUUUCAUCUAUCUACGCAACACCAACUCGUACGACUCGAUUUCCACUUCUAGGGUUUCUUCUUUUCCGUUAAUGGUCAACCGAUGAACUGAUUUUUAGCUUUGCCUCAUUCAAUUUCAAUGAUGGAAGUUCCUAAUUCGGGAGUUGAGAGUCAAACUCUUGACCGGAGUCAACAGAUUGACGGCGAUGUGUCGAAGUUAGUUGUUGCCGAUGGUGGAGUUAAGGUGGAGGUUGGUAAUGCUGGUGGAGGAGCUCAAGUUGUGAAGAGGAAGCGAGGGCGGCCGCCUAAGGUUCAGGCGAAUCCGCUGUCUGGUAAGAAGAGUAAAGAAGAGGACGAAGAUGAGGACGUUUGUUUCAUUUGCUUCGAUGGCGGGAGUCUCGUGCUAUGCGAUCGCCGGGGCUGUCCAAAGGCAUACCAUCCUGCUUGUAUCAAGCGAGACGAAGCAUUUUUUAAAUCCAAAGCUAAAUGGAACUGCGGUUGGCAUAUUUGUAGCAUAUGCGAGAAGACAGCACAUAACAUGUGCUUUACUUGUACAUAUUCAUUGUGCAAAGGGUGCGCUAAAAAGGCUGAUUUUGUGUGUGUGAGAGAUGAUAAAGGCUUUUGUACUGUUUGCAUGAAAACAAUCAUGCUGAUUGAAAAUAGUGGACGAGGGAAGGAUGAAACGGCUCGCGUGGAUUUUGAUGACAAGAGUAGUUGGGAGUAUCUCUUCAAGGUAUACUGGGUCUACUUAAAAGGAAAGUUAUCUCUAACUUUUAAUGAGAUUACUCAAGCUAAUAAUCCAUGGGAAAGAUCUAGUGCAAUUGCUUCAAUUGAACCAACUGGUUCACAUAUCAGUGCCAGUGGUCGGAGAAGCAUUACAUCAGACGCAUCUUUUGGAAAUCUUGAGGCUAAUGAAUCCAAAAGAAGAAAGACAUAUGAACAGACGAAUGGACUUCCCAAAGAAAGCCGGUCUAUGGUUGAAAGCAAAGAAUGGGCAAGCAAAGAGCUACUGGAUUUUGUUGCGCACAUGAAGAAUGGUGAUACAUCUGUGUUAUCUCAGUUUGACGUCCAGGCACUUUUACUAGAGUACAUAAAAAGAAAUAAUCUCCGGGAUCCUCGAAAGAAUACUCAAAUCAUAUGUGAUUUGAGGCUAAAGAAUCUCUUUGGCAAAUCCCGUGUUGGUAAUAUUGAAAUGUUAAAGCUUCUGGAAUCCCACUUCGCCAUCAAAGAAGAUUCGCAGAAGAAUACGAUCAUCGGUACUGCAAAACAGAGUGUCGCUGAUUGCAGCACUGAUAAUACGCUUGUGGUGGGUAACAAGGAACGCAGGAAUCACUGGAAGGGUGAACAACGCACAACACAGAUUAAAUUGGAUGAAUAUGCUGCAAUUGAUGUGCAUAACAUGAACUUGAUAUACCUGCGGCGUAAUUUGAUGGAGAGUCUUAUUGAAGAUAGUGAAAAGUUUCAUGAAAAGGUAGUUGGUUCAAUUGUGCAAAUAAGAAUAUCUGGUAGCGAUCAGAAGGAUGAUAUGUACAGGCUUGUCCAAGUAGUAGGUACGACUAAAGUGGAUGUACCAUAUAAAAUUGGCGAUAAAUCAGUGGAUGUUAUGCUUGAAGUAUUGAAUUUAGACAAGAAGGAGACUGUGUCAAUUGAUACAAUUUCAAACCAAGAGUUAUCUGAGGACGAAUGCAGGCGCCUGCGAGAGAGUAUAAGAUGUGGGCUUGUGAGAUACUUUACUGUAGGUGAGAUACAAGAAAAGGCAACAGCCCUCCAGUCACUGCUGCUUGAUGAUAGGAUGGAAACGGAGAUGCUGCGGCUCAAUCAUCUUCGUGAUCGAGCCAGUGGAAGAGGGCAGAAAAAGGGUCUUAGAGAAUGCGUGCAGAAACUCCAACUUCUGAAGACGCCAGAAGAGCGUGAACGAAGGUUACAGGAAAUCCCCGAGGUCCAUUCUGAUCCAAAGAUGAAUCCGGACUAUGAAUCUGAUGAUACAGAGGAAUAUUUUAACAACGAACAUGGAGAACACGUGAAGCCAAAAUAUCCUUGGGUUAGUGGCAUGAAUACAAUCCCUCCUCAGAAAGAAGCAGAGAGUUCAAAUGAUCAACCCAAGGAGAUGGAUAUCACAGCUCACCCAAAUGUUGAGGAGGAUUCUAGCAAGGCUAUGGAAAGAUCAAACACAUCAAACACGGGAAAAGAUGUGUUUGGAUCAAGUAACUCGGAGAGACCACAAAACGAGAUUGAUUGUAAUGGUUCAACGAUCUCAAAAUGCAAUCAGGAAGCUGCUGUAAGCUCAUCAUUAUCCAACAUUGCAUCAGAACCAGCACCUUCAUUUCUCUCCAUGAUGAUGGAUAAUCCAUCUGUUGAUGAAGAUGCAUGGCAUUACCGAGACCCAAGUGGAAACGUUCAAGGUCCGUUUUCUAUGGUACAGCUGCAGAAAUGGAGUAUAGCUGGAUACUUUCCAGCUGAUAUGAGGAUAUGGGCGAGCCGAGAGGCCGAUUCGUUACUUCUGACCGAUGCAAUACAGGCGCAGUUUCACAACUAUGAUGGCCGGUGGCACGAGAAUGUAGCUUCCAACAACAAAAUUGGUAAUCAAACUGAGGGUGCCAAUGUUUGCAAUGCAGUUCCUUCAUCCACCAUUCCUGCAACUCCAUUUGCUCUUGAUUCUGUCAAUCUUGAGAAGUUACCCGAUACUCGUGCUUCCUCAGGCCAAUCUUCUGGACAGAACUGGAAUGCUAGCAAUUACAAUUUGAACUGUAAUCCCCCAACCACAAGUGUUGCUUCUUUGACCAAGCCAAAUGAGUCAGUGAAACCGUUUGAUGCUCGAGAUAUGCCUAGUUCUACUCCGAAUGUUUCUUCAGUUUUUACUAUCACAGAUGCAGCUCUUGUGGAUUUGCCCAGUCCCUUGCUGAAGAAGGCGAGCCAUGUAAACGAGAAAGUUCAAGAUGCUGGAGGCAAGGAACCGAAACUUUUAGUUCAAGAAUCGGGGAACCCGCCUAGCUGGAGUACUGCUUUAAGUCUAGUAGUUGGUGGGGCCCAACUUCCCGAAACGGCUGAUGAAUGGGGUAGAUAUCCUCCUGCUGCAGUCAAACCCGAGGAAUGGGACUCGGGCCGUGUAUCCGGCUAUUCUUCAAAACCUAUAGAGGUACCGGGUCAUCAAGUUGCAACUACAAACUCCACGAUCGACCAAAUAAUGCAUUCAUCGCCUCCACCAUCGUCACAGCCAUAUAACAAUUUGCCAUCAUGGCAUGGACUCGGUGAAACGAUCGAAUUCAGCACAUUGGCAGAGGAAUCUGUAUCAGAUCUCUUGGCUGAAGUUGAUGCAAUGGAGUCUCGAAAUGGUGUGCCUUCACCUACUUCUAGAAGGAACAGCUUUCUCGAGGAUUUAUUUAAUGGGUCGAUUGAUGAUUUCAGCCCGACUGCUGAUCAGGGUACGAGAAGUGAUGGUUUUAGCUCCACUGCAGAUUUACAGUUACAUCGGCAAUCCACUUCUACAACAGUUGAACAUCUAGCGGGGGUCUCUCAAAGCAACAAUAAUGUCUUUGAUAUGGUGAAGAGGUCCACCGGCUUACACCAGUUCUCUUUCGGCCUUGAGACCAAACCCACUGGUGCGGUUACCAUUCCUCAGACAACAAAUUCGGAAAAUAUGGCUUUUAAGUGGGCUGAAAUGGGGGGUUCCGAGCUCCAGCCUUCCCGUCUAGACAUGAUCGAUCUAAAUGAUUCCACCAGGGCUGAAGCUGACGAGGGAACCAACGAUUAUCAAGUUGAAGAAAAGGUGAAAAACCAUUCAGGAUUCAUGGGCCAUGGCAUUGGCAGGGCAGGCGGUAAUACGGUACAACAACCAGAAUCCCGUGGAGGAAGGAAGAUGAAAGCUGGUGUAUCAGGUGAAGAUAUAAAAACAGGAACAAAGCUCAGUGGUGGUUUCCCGGAUAAAGAGGAGGAAGAAGGCGAGUUUAUCCAGCCAGAGGCACCCCCACCCCCACCCCCACCACCAUUGCUGCCACCGCCACCACCACCACCACUACCGCCACCUCCGCUAACAAUGGGACUGGACGUGGUUGAUUCACGUAGAGUGGGAUCAGAAACAAGCAAUCCAAAAAUUUCAGGAAGAGCAUCUCAAGGAACCACAAACACAGGCCGACACAGCAAUGCUAGUCGGAGCGGGAAUGCAGGGCGGGAGCGGGAGUCACAGCACCACCGGAGGUCUGGCGGGGAUAGAUACAACAGUAACAGUCCAAGAGAAAGGAGUCAUCAUGUGGAGGAUACAGGUGGUGGAUAUAGUAGAAGCAGUAGAACUCCAUGGAGUAGGCAAUCUUCUUCUUCUUCGUCUUCAUAUUCUCGACCACCACCACCAGCAGCAGCAGCAGCAUCAAAAGGGCAGCGUAUUUGUAAAUUUUACGAAAGCGGGCGUUGCAAGAAGGGAUCGGCAUGCAACUAUCUGCACCCACAGGACAGAUGAAGUCAGAUAUGGAGGUGUGACUUUGCCUUUGAUUCAAAUUUACUCAACAAUUUGGUCUGGGAAUGAAUCCC